CACGCGUCGCCGUCGACAGAAUCCGUAAUCUAUAUUUCUACCGUUAAAUCGAGUUUUGGACGUUGAAACGAGCGAACGUGUGUCGUUCGUCGGUGGAGGAACUUGAUAUAUUUUGGGAUUGCCUGGUUCUGUAACUAGUGAAAGAGCAUCCCAUCAUAUCCAGCAAUCAGCCAAAAAAAAAACAAUUGAAAAACCCGCCCGUAAUUGUCCAAUCAAACCCAGCAAGAAUAAAAACAACAACAACAGCUUUGGUUAAUGAGACAAAUGUGCGCGCGUGAAAAGGCCUGAGACAGCGCGCUACAAGUGGAAAUACAAGUCGAGUUGCAACACAGCAUAACUAACUAACGGGAAGUGGCUGCCACUCACUCAACAAGUGUCGCCUCCGCCUGGGAUUAUCUAAUAAACCAAUACGCACCCCACCAAUAAUAACAGAUUAUAUAGUACCAAAGAGCUGGGAAUAAAUAUCAAAUUUAAAACAGUUUUACGUGAGUGAUUUGUGUGUGUGCCUGCAUGUGUGUGAAUCGAGCAACGAACAGCACCAACAACAACAACAAGAGCGUCAGCAGCAGCAACAACACUACGGCAACGUCAACAACACGCAACUGCUGCGAGUGCGACGGAGACAGCAACAGCGUGAGUCAUAAAAGUGAAAUGAAAAUGCGGAUAAAGCGAGAAGCGCCGUGUCUUCUGUUAUUUAUGCCAAUCCAAAACACCAACAACAACAAUCGCAUUGGUGCUAAUCAGAAGGACUAUCCCAACAAGCGGUCCAGGGAGAAUCUGGCAUGUGACGAGCAACAGCAAGUGACAUCGACGACGUCAUCGUCCACGGCAAUGAAUGGCGGCGGACGGACGCCGCCACUGAUGCGCAGCUGCUCCAGCCCAGCGGUCUAUGACAUUGAAACACAUCCCGCCUCGCCAGUCUUCCCACAUCUAUUGCUGGGCAAUGGCCGCGACGCCGUAGAUCCGAGCAGCGUGGGCGCCAACUGUGUGCUGAACGUUACCUGCCAAAGUCCCAGCGAGAGUCAUCUGCAGGGCCUCAAGUAUAUGCAAAUACCUGCCAGCGAUACGCCCCAUCAGAAUAUCAAGCAAUACUUCCAGGAGGCCUACGAUUUCAUUGAAGAGGCACGCAAAACGGGUUCCCGCGUCCUGUUGCACUGCCAUGCGGGCAUCUCGCGCAGCGCCACCAUCGCCAUUGCCUACGUCAUGCGGCACAAGGCGCUCUCGCUGCUGGAGGCCUACAAGCUGGUGAAAGUGGCACGACCCAUCAUCUCGCCCAACCUAAACUUCAUGGGGCAGCUGCUGGAGCUGGAGCAGAGCCUGCGGAAGAGCGGCGUAUUGGCACCCGCGUCGCCGCACAGCGCCCCCACAUCAGCCGGAUCCACGGCGGGAUCUCCGGUAUCCCAUUCUAGUCAACUGGUGGAGCAGCCCGAGCGGGAGCGGGAGGAGGAAGAAGAGCUGCAUCGGCAGCGCAAGUCCAAGUCCGACAGCGAGGCCAUGGACGAGGAUGUCUACGACUAUGACGACGUGGACAGUGGCGCCGGUAGCUUUGCGGGCAGCAACUGCUCCUCGCGGCUCACCUCACCGCCCAUUACGCCGGACGAUGAGGCGCCUAGCACCUCGGCCGCGGCCACCGUCUCCGAACUGGACUCACCCUGCUCCUCCACUAGCAGCGGCAUCUGCUCCCUGCUGUCCACAGCCUCCGCCUGCUCCGCAUCGUCGUUGUCAUCCGCCGCAUCACCGACGCGGCAGCUGGCCCUCUUCAAGCGCAACUCCCCCGCCAAGCUGCGGCUCAAUCUUGAGUCCAGCUAUGCGCCCGCGCCGGCUGCUAUACCAAAAUCCAUAUCCUGCGUAUCCGUUAACUUUGCCACACGGCAUCCCACGGCACCAGCCACGCCCAGCUGUGAGGCGCUGCCGCAGCAGCAGUUGCUUAUGCAGGAUGCUCCCAAGAACAACAAUAAUCUGGCGGUGCCGGCGUCAAGGGACUGAGGCCCGAAGCCGUAUCGCCACCAAGCAGCUGUGAAUAAACUGAAAUUUAUGUGUAUACAUUUGGGUGAUGCAAAUCGGGUAUUUCUAUAUACCAACAUCAGUACGGACGUGGAUCGGACAGCAGAACUGCGUCACGUCACCUGGAGACUGGAACGUGUAAAUUUUUGAAUUUGAAUUGUACAUACACCGUACCUAAGGGAUGUCUGCUCCUGGACCAGACGGAAUACCAAUUGCAUCGUCAGAUCGAAGACCUCAUCUGACGUCGAUUGAUACUGUUAAGAGCUUUUGUAAAUGUAUUUCAAAACUCCACAAACCCAACCCCAACCCCAACAACAAACAAACUAUGAAAUCCAAAAGAACCAACUGGAAUUGAUUGGCAGGGGGAACUGCUGCUGCUGCUCUUGUGCAGAAACUAUCAUCAGUUGUUCAAGAGAAAAAUGAAAACCUCGUAUAUGUUAAUUUAGCUUAAUUUAUAUCAUAAAAAGCUCCACCUAGACUCUAAGCGAAUCUUAACUAUAUCUAUACACACACAUACAAUAUAUAAACUACAUAUAUUACAAAUUCACGUAGAACAAUGAGAAUUGGAAACUAUAUUUCUGCUACCUUGCCACACAGACCCCAAAGCGCGUAAUCUUCCCAAACAACCAAAAAUACCCCCACUUGGCCAUAUUCACAAGCGAGAAAAAUCGUAUCAAAACUGUUAUAAGUUUUAUCAAACAGCUAUAGCCACAACACACACCUACACCCGCACAUGCAUAUUUAAUGAAUUCUUAAAGUGAGGAAAGUUUUGUGUUUGUGUUUUUUAGUUUUAGUUAUUUAUAUAAACCAAGAGCGUGAGAUGAAUGCAGUUUGAUUGAUUUGUAUUAGGUCGUAAGUCUAUUAGGCUAAGCUACACCCGAAAAGUGUGUUAACCGUGUGUUAAGUAAACGGAAAUUAUAAACA